AAUGCAGCAGCAUUAGCGGAAGACGAAGAAGAAGAAAACCUCCCAUACACUUGAGAGACUUUACACAGGCCACAUAAAGUGAUUAUGGAGGGGGACGCCAUGGAGAUGAGCAGAGACGAGCUCCAGAGCUGGAUCAGAGACGAGGUGACGCAGAGCGAGCUGAUCUCCCCAGAUGUGCUGGAGAAAUGCAAUCUGCUGCAGUCUCUGCUGGAGAGGAGGAAGAAACAGGCGGCCGACCUCGUGGAGCUCUGCGAGUCCGUGGCAGUGUGUGAGGAAACCGUGAAGAAACUGUACUGUCGGCUGGGAUGGGAGUACAGCGACACAGACUCUGAUAAUGAUGGUGAUGACGACGAUGACAAUGACGACCCCACAGGCACUAAUUAUUGCAGCCCUCCAGCAUCCCAAGGCCGUGCUCCUCUGUCGCCAACGUUAGGAAACAAUGACAACCCGCAAAGACAUAAUGGGGAAAAAGAGCAUCACAUUUUAACAAAAGAGCUUAUGGUGGUCUUGACCAGAUUGCCUGCAUCUCGGAUCGCUAAAGCUCUACGUCGACCGACGCCUCAGAGACGCUGCAGUGACGAUGAAUCUUUAAGCGGCGCUGAGUCAGAUCAAAUGUGGGAACCAGAAGAGGACUCGAGCGGCUCAGACUUUUCUCUCUCAAAUUUUAAUAGUUCUUCAAACAAGAGGAGGAAAAUAAAUAGAAAGAAUGGAAAGCGUGCAGCAUCCCGAGCCAGCAGAACCUCUGGUGCUAAGAGCAACGGAGCAGAGACGUCAACGCCCACAGCCAGCAAAGAUAUCAGCGCUGAGAAAACUGUAACGAAAACAUCAACGCCACAAGCAAGCGCUUCUACGAAUGAAGAAAUCAAGACAACAGAGACACCCCUGGCCAAGGCAAACACCAAUGCUAACAGCCAGCAAACGAAAACAUCGACAAUGCCACCAAGCACUAAGGAGUCAACCUCCACAACAAUAAAAUCAACUGAUUGCCAGAGCCCUACUAAAGCCCCUCCUGAAGCGCCCAAAAAAGAGAUCAGCGUGAACAUGACCGUGCUGGCCAGAAGAAGGACCAUGUGCUGGCAACGAGGGACAGUUAUAGACUUGAUAGACAAGCAGGGCAAGGUGAAAUACAAAGUCAAUUUUGAAGAGAAGGGGAAGAGCCUAGUGUCUGGUCACCACGUUGCCUUUGACUGCAUGCCAAAGGUGGAGCAGUUGUUUGUCGGCGCACGUGUGGUGGUGAAGAGUCCAAGUGACGAGUCCCAGUUCUUGCCUGGUACCCUGGCUGAGGUCCCCUGCAGAAGAAACCGCAUGAGGUUCCUGGUGUUCACGGAUGAUCACAGGCCAGUCUAUGUUGGCUUACCUGUGCUUCGCCUGGUGUACAAACCAUUGCCGGACCCUUUGGAUGAUAUUAAAGACGACAACCACAGGUGUUUCAUGAAGGAGUAUAUGAGAUCCUGGCCUUACCCGCCUCAGACCCAGUACAAGGUUGGACAGACCACAAAUGCAGAAUUUGACGGAGUCCAGCAGAAGUGUGAGGUGGUGUUGCUCGACAGCAGCUUGAUAGAGGUUGUUUUUAAGAAAGACCAACAUAAGGAGUGGCUCUACCGAGGCUCCAUUCGCUUGAAACACAUGGUCGAUAUGAAGCAGCGUGUGGAGAAGCAAAUUAAGAACCAAGCAACCUCAGCUGAUGGAUCAUCAACAACGACGGAACAGUGAACGUGAGGAGAACUGGAUGUUUGGCCUCAAAAAAUCCACAUCAGUCGGUUCCUCGUUCUUUAAUCAUCCAUCUUAUUUAUUCCAGAAAAGUCAGUUUUACAGACCUGUGGUCGCAGUUUGGUCAUGUGUGAAUAUUGACACUGAAAAAAUGGUUCUACUCAUUAAACUUUUUCUACUUUAAAAACAUGGUCUGGCAAUUUUUUUUCUUUCAUUUUAUUUAAUCUGAAAAAGUCAGUUUUGAAUUACUUAGAUUCCUGUGUCGAUGAAUGGAUAUGCAGGUUGCGUUCUUGUUUUAUGUGUUAACAUUUAUUUAUUUUUAAGUAUUUCUAUUGGAAAACGGAGACAGACCUGUGGUAGCAGUUUGGUCAUGUGUGAAGAUUGACUGAAAAAAUGCUUCUACUCAUUAAACUUUUUCUACUUGGAAAAAAAAA